UUCUAUUAUUUUGUAGAAAAGCUUUCAGAUGUGAUUUUCCAAUGAGAGGUUAUGAGGAGCAAAUAGAUAGCGUGCUCCAAUAUGCUAGUGGUCUUCCAUUGGCGAUUGUAGUACUGGGCCAAUUCUUAUAUAAUAGAGGAGCUUCUGAAUGGAGCAGUGCCAUGGUUGAAUCCAAAAAGGUUGUCAAUUCUAUGAUAACGAAGGUCCUCAAAAAGAGUUUUGAUGAAUUGGGCGGCAGGUGUAAGGAAAUAUUUUUAGAUAUGGCAUGUUUUUUCACAGGGAAGGAGAUUAAAUUUGUAGCAGGAAUUUUGGAUAGUAUCUAUAGAUAUUGUUUUAAUGGAUUCCAACCAUAUAUACAAGUUUUGAUUGAAAAAUCACUCAUGGUCGUUAUGGAUCAAAAAAUUCAAAUGCAUAGUUUAUUGCAAGAAAUGGGAAAAGAAGUUGUUCGACAUGAAUUUCCUCAUAAGCCAGAGGAGUGGAGUAGAUUAUGGGAUUUUGAAGAUAUUUAUGGUGUUAUGCAAAAUGACAAAUUCACUAAAGCAAAGGCAAUAGUCCUGGAACUAGAAGAUUCACAAGGGCGUAAAUUGAGGGUCGACGGUUUAUCAUGUAUGAGAAAUCUUAAAUUACUCAUAUUUCGUAACGUGAAAUUUUCUGGAGUUCUAAAGGAUCUUUCAAGGGAGCUCAGAUAUAUUUCGUGGUAUCAAUUUCCAUUCACUUCUUUGCCAUCAAGAUUUGAACCCGAAAAUCUCAAGGAAUUGAUUUUGCUUAAUAGUUGCAUAACAAGUAUAUGGGAUGAAGAAACAGCACCAGCUAAAUUGAUAGAUGAAUGGAAGAAAUUCUCUCGCUUGAGGAAAAUGAAUCUUAGUGGCUCCAAAGAUUUAAUAAAGCUGCCAAAUUUUCUAUCCCUUCCAAAACUUGAGAGGCUAGAGCUUGAAGGAUGCUCUAAAUUAUCAUACCUUGAUCCAUCAAUUGCUUCUCGUUGGAGGCUCAACUUCUUAAAUUUGAGAAAUUGUAGUAAUCUUGUUAGUAUUCCCAAUGCUUUAUUUUCUUUGCCCUCUUUAGAAAUGUUAAAUUUGGCUGGUUGCUCCAAAUUUGCCAAUUGUUUAAAGUUUCAUUGUUUUGAUCUUGCGGAGCUUGGUGAAACAGAAAGUAUUCAGCAAUCACUUCCUCCUUGCAAGAGAAAGAAGCUAUAGAGACAAAAAUAUAUUUAAGUGUAUAUGCCACAUUUAAUUUAUUAAUCAUGUUUGUUUCUCACACGUACCAACUUUCUCGCCUACUAAUGAAUGUUAUGAUGAUGCGA